GGGUCGUUUGCAGCCAUUGGGCCAAGGGAAGAGUUUUGUUUUGUCAUGAGUGUGGGCUUCUAAUUUCCCGUUAUGAUGCAUAACGAGAAAAAGGUUGUUAGAUAUUGAUUGAGGAAACUUGGAUUUCGUUAGAGCCCAGAAGAAUGAGCAGAUCCAUAAAUAAACAUCCGCCAUAACGAUUACUGUAUCUAGUUUGGUGCACAAAUGAAAUCCAGAAUAUGUCGACCUUUUAAAUCCAAACCCCCUUUCAACCCUCAAAGACAAGCUCACACUCCGGCCUGCACCCAUCAAACUGAAACCAAGAAAGCUCAUGGCCUUGAGCGCGUCCCUGCUCUUGAACCGGACAUCGCCCACCAGGUGUUCGACGAAACGUCUGUCUGGGACGUAGUAUCGGCCACAACAACAAUUAGCCGCUUUGCUCGACACCACCGUCACAAGGAAGCCAUCUGUAUCUUCUCAAGAAUGCUUGCUUUGGAUAUUAGGCCCAAUGAGUUCACUUUUGGCGCUGUGAUCCCUUCUUCUACGUCUCUGCAAAGCCUCAAUUCAGGAAUGCAACUUCAUGGUUGUGCAAAAAAGAUGGGCUUUAACUCGAAUGUUUUUGUGGGUAGUGCAAUUUUGGACCUCUAUGCCAAGUUAAGCACUAUUGAGGAAGCUCGUAGAGCUUUUGAAGAUACCCAUGAGCCAAACGUGGUUUCUUACACAACUUUGAUUUGUGGGUACUUUAAGAAAGAGCGGUUUGAUGACGCGGUUGGGCUUUUUCAGGUGAUGCCUGAAAGAAAUGUUGUUUCGUGGAAUGCAAUGAUUUGCGGGUAUAGCCAAACAGGUCGUAACGAGGAUGCUGUGAAUCUUUUUGUUGGGAUGUUGAGAGAAGGGUUUUUACCCAACCAUUCUACUUUUCCUUGUGCUAUUAGUGCAGCUGCCAAUAUCGCAGUACUUGGAAUGGGCAGAAGUUUCCAUGCCUCUGCAAUCAAGUUCUUGGGUAGUAACCUUAGUCUAUUUGUUUCCAACUCUCUUGUCAGUUUUUACGCAAAAUGUGGGAGCAUGGAGGAUAGUCUCUUGGCCUUUACUAAACUUCCCGAAAGAAAUGUAGUUUCUUGCAAUGCUUUAAUAUGCGGGUAUGCACAAAACGGAAAAGGAAAAAAAGCCUUAGAUUUUUUCCGCAAAAUGGAAAACAUGGGUCUUGAGCCUAAUGGUGUAACACUACUUGGUGUACUACUGGCGUGUACCCAUGAUGGCCUCAUCAAUGAGGCUUAUUCAUUUUUCAAUCAAGCAAAACUCAAGAACCCUAGCAUUCUGAAACCAGAGCACUACGCUUGUUUGGUUGACCUACUUUCUCGCUCUGGACAUCUUAAUGAAGCAGACAGGUUUAUCCGUGAUUUGCCUUUUGAUCCUGGAAUUGGGUUUUGGAAAGCAUUGCUUGGAGGCUGCCAAAUCCACUUAAAUAUGGAACUGGGGGAAUUUGCAGCCAGAAAGAUACUGGGUUUGGAUCCUGGAGAUGUUUCUUCCUAUGUGAUGCUGUCUAAUGCGCAUUCUGCUGCUGGAAGAUGGCAGAGUGUGUCAAUGGUGAGGCGAGAGAUGAGAGAGAAAGGGAUGCAGAGGGUUCCUGGGUGCAGUUGGAUUGAGAUUAAAAACCACAUUCAUGUGUUUGUUACUGCAGACAGGAGACAAAGUGGACGGGAUGAGAUUUACAAGGUCCUGCGGUUUUUUCUUGACCAUGUGAGGGAGUCGCAAGAUUUUGACUGCUGGAUUGAACCUUACAUUCAGCUUUAUGAUCAUAGUUUUCUAGAAAGAGGUGAUUGAAGAGGCUCUUGUUAGGAUGGAGUUUCAAAUGAAUUCGUCCAUUCACUUGAGAAAAAAGCUGAGAUGAUCAAUAUGAGCUCAUGUGAGUUAUGACAACAAAUUGCACUUGCUCCUUUACUUCGCCUAGUAAACUUCAUCUUUUACAAGAAGCAAAGCAAUGCCACUGAGUUCCUUGGAGAUCAAAUCAAAUCGCCCAUCUGAUCUACAGAUUCAGCAACUAGUUCCGAAAGCCUUUGUAAGUGUAUAGAAGACAGAAACCCCUCACACAACAAUCAAAGGUUCACUUUCAUU